AUGAGAAGUCACACAGGUGAGAAGCCAUUUUCUUGCUCUGAGUGUGGUAAAUCUUAUUUAACUAAAUCACAUCUUGUUAGACAUAACAGAAGUCACACAGGUGAGAAGUCAUUUUCUUGCUCUGAGUGUGGGAAAUGUUUUACACAGAAUUCAAGUCUUGUUAAUCAUCACGGAAGUCACACAGGUGCGAAGCCAUUUUCUUGCUCUGAGUUCGGGAAAUGUGUUACACAAAAAUCACAACUUACAUUUCCAUGUUCUGAGUGUGGGAAAUGUUUUGCACACAAAUCAGUUCUUAUUAGACAUCAGAGAAGUCACACAGGUGAGAAGCCAUUUUCUUGCUCUGAGUGUGGGAAAUGUUUUACAUACAAAUCACAACUUGUUUUACAUCAGAGAAGUCACACAGGUGAGAAGCUAUUUUCUUGCUCUGAGUGUGGGAAAUGUUUUACAUACAAAUCACAACUUGUUAUACAUCAGAGAAGUCACACAGGUGAGAAGCCAUUUUCUUGCUCUGAGUGUGGGAAAUGUUUUACAUACAAAUCACAACUUGUUUCCCAUCAGCAAAGUCACACAGGUGAGAAGGCAUUUCCAUGUUCUGAGUGUGGGAAAUGUUUUGCACACAAAUCAGAUCUUGUUAGACAUCAUAGAAGUCACACAGGUGAGAAGCCAUUUUCUUGCUCUGAGUGUGGGAAAUGUUUUACAUACAAAUCACAACUUGUUACCCAUCAGCAAAGUCACACAGGUGAGAAGGCAUUUCCAUGUUCUGAGUGUGGGAAAUUUUUUGCACACAAAUCAAUUCUUGUUAGACAUCAGCGAAGUCACACAGGUGAGAAGCCAUUUCCAUGUUCUGAGUGUGGGAAAUGUUUUGUAAGUAAAUCACAACUUGUUACACAUCUGCGCAGUCACACAGGUGAGAAGCCAUUUCCAUGUUCUGAGUGUGGGAAAUGUUUUGUAAGUAAAUCACAACUUGUUACCCAUCACCAAAGUCACACAGGUGAGAAGGCAUUUCCAUGUUCUGAGUGUGGGAAAUGUUUUGCACACAAAUCAUUUCUUGUUAGACAUCAGCGAAGUCACACAGGUGAGAAGCCAUUUCCAUGUUCUGAGUGUGGGAAAUGUUUUGUAAGUAAAUCACAACUUGUUCCACAUCUGAGCAGUCACACAGGUGAGAAGCCUUUUCCAUGUUCUGAGUGUGGGAAAUGUUUUACAUACAAAUCGCAACUUGUUUCCCAUCAGCAAAGUCACACAGGUGAGAAGGCAUUUCCAUGUUCUGAGUGUGGGAAAUGUUUUGCACACAAAUCAGAUCUUGUUAGACAUCAUAGAAGUCACACAGGUGAGAAGCCAUUUUCUUGCUCUGAGUGUGGGAAAUGUUUUACAUACAAAUCACAACUUGUUACCCAUCAGCAAAGUCACACAGGUGAGAAGCCAUUUCCAUGUUCUGAGUGUGGGAAAUGUUUUACAUACAAAUCACAACUUGUUAUACAUCAGAGAAGUCACACAGGUGAGAAGCCAUUUUCUUGCUCUGAGUGUGGGAAAUGUUUUACACGGAAAUCACAACUUGUUUCCCAUCAGCAAAGUCACACAGGUGAGAAGACAUUUCCAUGUUCUGAGUGUGGGAAAUGUUUUGCACACAAAUCAGUUCUUGUUAGACAUCAGAGAAGUCACACAGGUGAGAAGCCAUUUUCUUGCUCUGAGUGUGGGAAAUGUUUUACAUACAAAUCACAACUUGUUUUACAUCAGAGAAGUCACACAGGUGAGAAGCUAUUUUCUUGCUCUGAGUGUGGGAAAUGUUUUACAUACAAAUCACAACUUGUUUCCCAUCAGCAA